AUGGACAUCUCGGUUCUGCCCAACAACAACCACCCGGAGAAGUUAUUUCAGCUGGACGUGGGGAUGCUGCCGGCCACUCACGGGAUGUUCCAGGUCGGGGCAGCUCUGUCGGGGCAGAGGCAGUGGAGUAACCAAGUCUAUCAACAGAGGGAAAGUAGGACUGUGAGUGACAAUAGGCCUUCCUCGUCCCCCGAGGGCAGCCCUGUGGUGUUUGUGGACAGAUACCUGGAGAAGCACAUCACGUCACACACCUUGAAUUCCAAGAUCAAGAGGAACCCUCUGUACACAGACAUAAGGACUAUAGACAUGGGGGAGAACCAGAAGUCCAAACCCUCCUGGACCAUCCAGGAGUUUGACAGACACUCAAUCCACUCCAACCUGGCAGGCUAUCUAAAGGAAGAAGAAACAGGACCACAGGAUGUAGAGUUUUGGUUGGAGGAUCUCUACACGCCUGGUUACGACUCCUUGUUAAAGAAGAAAGAAGCGGAGAUUAAAAGGAACAGACUUUGCAAAAUACUGACCGUCGUCAUUCUGUCAGUGUGCGUCAUCAUUAUCAUCAUCACAGUGCCAAUUGUAGUCACCAGAAAUCUAAAGAAACCGUGA